GCGGUUCAUCACCUCCCGUCCACCUCCAGCUCAUCUCUGAUUCUUCAUCAUGCGUGAAAUUGUCCACCUCCAGACCGGCCAGUGCGGUAACCAGAUCGGUGCCAAGUUCUGGGAGGUUGUCUCAGAUGAGCACGGUAUUGAGGCGGACGGCCAGUACAAGGGCACCAACGAUCAGCAGCUCGAGCGGAUCAACGUCUACUACAACGAGGUCGGCGCGAACAAGUACGUGCCUCGCGCGGUGCUCAUCGAUCUCGAGCCCGGCACGAUGGAUUCCGUCCGCUCUGGCCCGCUCGGCAGCCUCUUCCGCCCGGACAACUUCGUCUUUGGCCAGAGCGGUGCGGGCAACAACUGGGCCAAGGGCCAUUACACAGAGGGUGCCGAGCUGGUUGACUCAGUUCUUGAUGUCGUUCGUAAGGAGGCUGAGGGUACCGAUGCGCUGCAAGGUUUCCAGAUUACGCAUUCACUUGGUGGUGGUACUGGUGCGGGUAUGGGUACGCUCCUCAUCUCGAAAAUCCGAGAGGAGUAUCCCGAUCGCAUGAUGGCAACGUACUCUGUUGUCCCGAGUCCGAAGGUGUCGGACACCGUCGUUGAGCCUUACAACGCGACGCUCUCCGUUCACCAGCUCGUUGAGAACUCUGACGAGACAUUCUGCAUUGACAACGAGGCGCUCUACGACAUCUGCUUCCGUACGCUCAAGCUGUCGACACCAACAUACGGUGAUCUGAACCACCUCGUGUCCAUUGUGAUGUCCGGUAUCACAACGUGUCUGCGUUUCCCUGGUCAGCUCAACUCCGACCUCCGUAAGCUGGCUGUCAACAUGGUUCCCUUCCCGCGUCUGCACUUCUUCAUGACUGGUUUUGCGCCAUUGACUGCGCGGGGAAGCCAGCAGUACCGUGCUGUCACUGUCCCCGAGUUGACACAGCAGAUGUUCGACGCGAAGAACAUGAUGGCGGCGUCUGACCCCCGUCAUGGUCGUUACCUCACUGUUGCUGCUGUGUUCCGUGGCAAGGUGUCCAUGAAGGAGGUUGAGGAGCAGAUGCAGAAUGUCCAGACCAGGAACUCUGCCUACUUCGUCGAGUGGAUUCCCAACAAUGUGCUCACCGCGCAGUGUGACAUUGCCCCUCGCGGUCUCAAGAUGGCCGUCACAUUCCUGGGCAACUCGACAGCGAUCCAGGAGCUGUUCAAGCGUGUCAGUGACCAGUUCACAGCCAUGUUCAAGAGGAAGGCCUUUUUGCAUUGGUACACCCAGGAGGGUAUGGACGAGAUGGAGUUCACCGAAGCCGAGUCCAACAUGCAGGAUCUUGUCGCCGAGUACCAGCAGUACCAGGACGCGACUGCCGAAGAGGAGGGCGAGUAUGAGGAGGAGGUCCCGGUUGAGGAGGAAUAAGCGCGUCUCUCGCUAUGCCCUCAGCUUCCUAGUCUCGCUGCUCGCUACUUAGUAUUGCCAAAAGCACCAUCGUUCGUUCCCUUACGCCAUAUCCACGUUUUAUUGGUCACCUUCAUGAGCUUGUUCCAUGUGUUUUCUGUUACGUACCCUACCUUCUACCGUGAUCCACGCCACGCUGGCAUCAAGUUACCCCUAGUCUGCAUACCUGUGUCGUUGGUUCCGUUAUCGUUCCGUAUCAUGAAUCUGAUGUCCCUUCACGGGUUUGCGCAUUGUACGGUGGAUGGGCUUAGCUUCUCUAUUCUGCGUAUGUCUUAAGUGCGCAGAGAAUAUGUCUCAAUCGCCUGAAGGAAGGAUCUACAUGCUAAAACGUGCAUAUAUUUAGUAGCGGCAGUUGAUCAUGUUGGAAGGAAAACUUUGGGCAAGGUCACGUAAAUACGCGGUAACAUGAUGAUCAGUCGACUAGUG